CAGCAAAUCGAACGUUGGCUUCGAUACCACCACAAAGAAGCAAACGCCAUGGCCAAGGACACCGACGAUCCAUACAACCACUUUCUCGCCCGCUUCACUGGCCAAUCGACUGCAAAACCCCGCCGGCGAACCCCGUACAACCUUUGGUGCGAAAUUCACGGCAAAGAUAUCGAACAGGAACUUGAGACGAUGGUCAAUCAGGGCGAGUUAACAGAAAAGCAGAAGCCAGGGAGGCGUCAGAAGAUGCGAAGCGACCGCUACCGCGACCUUUCAGAGGAGGAACGGGAUGAGUGGCUACAGAGGAGUGAGCAGGAGCAUGCAACUGCUAUGGAGGCAUGGAGGGCUGGAGGGAAUGGGAAGGUACCUGAUGAUCCCCUCGACAUUCAGAAAUGCAUAGACCGCCUUCCUGAAUUCAUACAGCCAAUCAUCGAUAUUGUGGUGGAGUGUACGAGGGGAAAGUUGGUGUUGCUAUGGGGAGGGCCUGAACCUCGAGACGGUGGGCAUCUCAAUGUCGUCAGCAUAUGUUCGGGAACAAUGCCAGGUCCCCGUGGCCAGAACUUUGUCAAAGAGGAGGCCAAGUUAUACGACAAGCUUGUCGCACCAACAUUUUCUAAGUUCUUAAGAAAAUGCUACCCAUUACAAACGGUGGUUACUCCUACUUUGCCAUUGACGGACCCUCAAAAUCCAGAAGCUCGGCAAGGCGAUGUUUCAUCCUUCCAGCCACAGAUUAUCCCUUCAGAUGGGUCUAAUUACACGCCACCAUCUGCUUCUCGCCCACUGUCGCCUACCCCCUCAUGUCCCGCAUCGCCCGCCCCCUCACGUCCUGUGUCGCCUGCUCCAUCUGCUCCAUCGCGUGCUGCAACCCCCCCAGCUGCCUUGAAGCUGCCAUUCCCGCCUCCCCCUCCUAUUUCUCCACCGCCUCUGCCGCCAUCUCCCUUUACUGCCCCAGCCAGCUUGAAGCCGAGUACGUUACCAGCUCAAUCUCCCAUCCCGCAGCCUGUAAGACCGGUACCCUCCGACAAUGCCUCGGCAGCGAAGGAUGCAGAAGUUGGUGUCAGCAGUGCUGUAGCCCUUAUACACAGGUCGGACCCAAUCCCGCGUGAUGCUCCCUUCGCUUUGACCCAACGCCUUCCAGGAUUCCAGACCGGGCAACUGAGUCUCAGCAAGCGAACUGCUGAGGAUUCUCUGGGUAGCGGUGUCAUUCUUAAAAGAAUGAAGAUGGAUGGAAGAGGCGGCAGUAAUCACAAGGGGAGCCUCACGACGAAAGUGGUAGAGGCGCCUGGAGGGACUGAGAAGGUUGUACCCCCCCUUAUCAGCAUCGUCUUCCCAUCUAGUGCACCCCUUUGGGUGGUGACGGUCUUGGAAUUGUUCAUGUCGCAUGAUUUCGGGCCUGACUGGACCCAAGUUGUCUACUCAUGGGUGGCAUUUCAGUCUGCGAAUGGUUUCGACAGCAGCGACAAAUUACCCGCCAACUACCGCCCCAAGUGCGUAGGUCAAUGGAUUUCAUGUGCACGACCGCAAAAGUGGCGACCCAGUUAUGCAAAUCUCGAUCUUAUCCAGAAAUUUCAAUCGCCCUUCUGGGCAUGGUGGGCGAAUCUUCAGCCUGAAGGCCGUGUGGGAGCAUAUGAGCACCCCAUCGAGGAUCUUGAACAUGAAGACGACGGACGCCCCAUCCAAAUUCAUCCAUCGACGGAUAUUAGUUGGGAGUGCCUCAAGACUUGCUCAGGGAGAAAUGGUAUGGUCAGCGUUGUGGCAGCGCUGUUUUUCUGGGCUGAGGGGGCCAAAGUUCUUCCUCUCACAACUCAUCGUGAGAGGGCUAGAUCCAGUGAAGCCCACAGGGAGCUGUAUUUUGCUAUGGGAGACGUUUGCUAUGUGCUGCAGAGUUUGCUUGAUUGA